AUGGUCGACAUUCAUGUCAAAGAAGAGAAAUACCAACGAUUAAGUUUAGCUGUACAGUCACAAAUCAUUUGUCCGGAUGCGACAAGUUUGUGUCCAUCAACAUCUACUUGUUGUAUAACACCGGAAUUUACAUGGGGAUGUUGUCCGGUAGAAAGUGCUGUACGUUUCUAUCCCACUCAGACUGUUUUUCAAUGUUGUCCAGCACAUUAUAAGUGUGAUUUGAAAGUAUUCAAAUGUGAUCAUGAUAAAUAUGAAGGAGUUUCCAUACCAUUAUUGAAGAAACAUCCAGCAAUGAAAGUCGAAACUAUUCCAUCAACAGCCAUAAAUAAUAAAUUAGCUACACAUGAACCACAAUCAUUACGCACUGUCCAAUGUCCAGAUGAAAAAUCAUUUUGUCCAGAAGAAACAACCUGUUGUGAAUUGAAACAAGAGAUGACACAUUAUUCAGUAAAACUCAAAAUGUUUUCCAAACGUCGUCAACAACGUACAUCUAUGAAACGUAAUACAAAUACUGAAUCAUCAGCGACGCUAACGAGGGAAUGUUCACCGCUUAACACAUCCACAGUUAUAUCAACAACAGCAAAUCCAGCAACGUCAAAUUUUUUAUUUAUACCAGUUACAACACAGAGCUUUAACAAUCAGCCAACAAAUAGUACCAAUUCAAGAACAACAAGUUUCAAUGGAAAUAGUCAAUCAUCAAAUGUUGAUAAUGGAAGUGUUCGCCGACGAUUGUUUAAUUUAUUAAGAUUUACAGCUAGUCGUCCCACAACAGCAGCAGCAGCAGCUGUUCGAUUUUCUCGACGUAAACCAUCAAGUACUGAUGCAUCAUCUUCUUGCCGUCAACAACAACAAUCGUCACUAAAAACAGCCACCACACCCCCACCACUUCAUUGUUCUACCAUAUCAUCUUCUUCGUCAUCUUCUGUUAGUAACAAUGAGCAUUUUCAACAAACAAAAUCGGCUCGUGCGUCGUCUAUAUUCGUUUUGCCCACUUUAGACGCUACCGAUAGUGUUAAUAUGACAAAUGAACAUGUAAAUAUCGUUCAACGUACAUCAAUGAAACCAUAUUCGAAUCCAACUAAUGCGAACAAUAAUUCGUUGGACAAUGAUCAGCCCCAUACUUGUGCAUUAUGUUGUUACGAUUAUACAUGGGAUCAAUUUAGUAAAUUGACUUUGUGUGGACAUUCAUAUUGUAAAAACUGUCUAAAGAGUUAUUUAAAAUUAGAGAUAACUGAAGGACGAGUGAAUCUGAGUUGUCCACAAGCAGACUGUAUAGAAAAAAUUCAUCCAUGUGAUAUUAAUCGGAUACUGACUAAAAAUUCAGAUUUGAUACGAAAAUAUGAAGAGUUUAUGGUCAGAAGAGUAUUACAAUCAAUACCAGAUACAAGAUUUGCUGCAAUAGCAUCGGGUUAUGCUUCGUGUCCUGAAAUUCAGUGUCUACGCCCAGGAUGUAACACAUCAUUCUGCUACCAUUGUAAACAACUGUGGCAUCCGAAUCAAACAUGUGAAGAUGCUGCAAGAGAAAAGUCAACAUCAAACAAAUUACGCUCAGGUUCAUUUAUAAGCAUCAUAUCUGCUCAUCAAAGAGAUGAAAUUAAAGCGUGUCCACGCUGUCAAGCAUCAAUAUUAAAAAUGGAUGAUGGGUCAUGUAACCAUAUGACAUGUCCGAUGUGUGAGUGUGAAUUUUGUUGGCUAUGCAUGAAAGAAAUUUCAGAUUUACAUUAUUUGAGCCCAUCUGGUUGUACAUUUUGGGGAAAAAAACAGUGGUCACGAAAAAAAGUAAUACUAUGGCAAUUAGCCACGUUGAUAGGCGCUCCCGUUGGUAUAGCAUUAAUAGCAGGAGUAGCUGUCCCAGCAAUCUUUAUUGGAGUGCCAAUAUGGGCUGGAAGGAGGAUUUUUAAAAAGUUUAAUAAAUCAGGCAAUAGUAAAUCAAAACGAAAUGUUUUUGUCACAUUGGGAGUUCUUGGAAGUAUUGUAGCUGCUCCCAUUAUUGCUGGUCUAGCCGUUGGUAUCGGAGUACCUAUUUUAUUAGCAUACGUUUAUGGUGUUAUUCCAAUAUCAUUAUGUCGUACAGGCGGUUGUCGUGGUAACCGAAAUGAUUUACUUGACGAUAAUGAAACAAAUAAUGAUAAUAUACUACCCUUCAAUAUACGUGAUGUUGCAAUUGCAAGAGCCAUACUAAAUGAUACACAAAGUGUUCUUACACAUCCAACAACUGGUGAUGGAUCAUUGGGAAUGUCAAAUAGUUUAUCGAACAGUGUUAAUCAUCUUAUAGAUGAUCGUAGUAGUCAAAGUACAAAAGCAUUAGCUGGCACAGCUGGUGCCUCUAUAUGUGAGAGUCUACCUGCAUCUAAUCGCCUUGAAGUACAAGCAGAAAUGAAUGACUGUAAAAAUUACGAUAUUGAAAGUAUUACAAUAAGCGAGAAAUCAUCAAAAACAAUGGAUAGUUUAAAAGCAUUAGCUGGUUCAAUCAAAGAUGCAUGUGUUGUACCAGGUGAAUAUGGUGAAUGUUAUAUAUACGGCUCAAACACUCGUAAAAGCAGUUUAUUAAGUAGUGCAUCUGAUUACGCACGAUCAGUUAUUAGCGAACAACCUCAUUUUCAUCAUUGUCAGACAACUAAUGCAACAACAAUCAUAAUAAACACAAAUCGUGCUAGCUCACCUAUUCAAAGUGAAAAAAAUGUUAGUUUUUCUGACGAAAGUAUCCGAUUAAAGUUAAAACAUCAACUAUUAUCCGAAACAAUGGUUCAUGAUUCAUCACUUUUACCAAGCGUUGAAACGUCUUCAGCGUCUAUUAUUGAAAUUAUGGCAUCCACAAUGAAUAAUGACAAUACAACGACACCAGUUGUACCAGUUGCAGCGUCGCUAUUGGGCUCACCAAAUUUUCUUACUGCUUCGUCAUCUACAACAUCAACAAUUGUUUCAUCGUGUUUAGAAUUUUCUUCAAUCAAGCAAUAG